AUGUGGGCAAAUAGAACAGGAGACUUUAAUGUUUAUAUUGGAUCAAACUCGGUUGCAACAUCUCAAUCCUCAUCUUACGUCAUCAGCCUGGAGCAAGAACUAGCCAUUAGUUUCUAUCAAACCAACUAUUUGUUUGAUCUGAUUCAAUUAAACUUCUCAGUGGCGAACUUAUACAACAUGACGAUAGCUCUCGAUUCGCCUACUAGCAGUAUUCCAGAAUUAGAAAUAUCUGUCUCAGCCAAAUCCAAUAACAUUGCAGUAGCGGAAAAUUACGUGACUAGUGGAGUGACUGCCAUACAAUUUCAAGCGGUAACGAUCACGUUCGGUCCGAUCAACCCAGCCACGGAGAUAUCAAUAGGAUUGGUGGACAUUGAAGUUUGCGCAAAAACUAUUUCUAAUUAUAGCUGA